AUGUUGUUCCUCGUAUGGUUCGUUCUUGGGUCACUCAGAUAUCGCGCCUACGCCGCCCGACAUGCUCCCGCUCCGGUAAUGUCGAGAAUCGGGUCGCCGAAGAAACCAGCUUCCACUGCUACUGCUCUACAUCCAGAUUCUGCCGCGGUUACAUCAUUCCCCGCAGAUUCAUCUACCACGGGCACGCUUUUCCCACUUCAACCUGAACCUGCUCCUGCUCGUAUCCCCACCUAUUCCAAUGGGAACGGACCGGACUAUAGUCUCAGGUGUCGUACAGUGAUGAUGACCAACAUUCCUCAGAACCUACGUACUCCCCAAAUGCUCCGACGAUACUUUGGGAGAUACCUUCCAGAUGGCCCGGCUCCCGAAUCUUUUGACGACGACGCCAAGAGAAGAACAAAAUCAUGGAACAAGUUCAAGUCUGCUGUUCGUCCGGUCAACGCGGUUCGUUCACCACUUGACAAUAAGCCAAAAGACAAGCCAAAGAGAUCAAGAGUCGAAGGUGAACGGCCGAACCUAGAGACUCCCAUGGCCGAUGAAUUCGAAAUCGAUCCUGAACAAAUGGAAGAAGUAGAAGCCAGAGGGAGGAAGUUGGUGGAGACCGUUGUAAUAGCACCCAAGCUAAGUGCGUUGGCCAAACUCCUCAAGGACCAAGGAAGGAGAGUAGAGGAGCUGGAAGAAGCGCACAUUCACUUGGCGCAGACAGUAAUGGCUGCUGUAGCCACGGAGAUGAUGACGCGGCGAAGGGAGGAGGCUCGGAAGGCUAAGGAAGGGGAAAUUAGGCGGCGAGAAAGACUCCGAGCCGAUGCAAAGUCUCAGCAGGCACAUACUUCCGGUUCAGAUGGAGAAAAUGGCGGUGGUUUAUUGGGUGCUGUUCGAGACAGGGCAACUCGAUUACGAAUCUCGGUCGAGAGGUUUACUCUGGGGAGGCCGGACAGAAGUGAGGUGAUGGAUAAGCUGGUGCACGCAAUCGGUCCAUUUGUCGAGGAGUCCUGCAGGCGAGACUUGCAGUAUGGCGUCAUGCCUUGGUUUAGCUCCACUUUUGGCACAGUGCGGGCAAAGGUUGGUAGUAAACUACACUCGUCCGAGCAAGGCCAAGCCAAAUCCAAUGGGGCGGAGCAAAACGGGCAGCAUUCGUCUAACGGCGCCAACGCGUCUGUGUAUAGAACUAUCUGGGAUGCUUUAUACGAUAUGGACCCCAGUGACCUGCGCCCUUUCCAUCCAAUCACCAGAAGAAGGUCGAUACUCUUUACGCCUCUCGAACUGAUUGGGAUUCUGGCUCCGACAGGAUUACCCACUAUCGAUCUAGCUUUCGCCCGUAUCCAAAGGCGAGUGGAAGAUACCAAGUCUUCCCCCUUACCUGAUGCUUCUGAGAGAAGAAGAGAUAGAGAAUCGUUCUAUGUAGAUGAGCAAAGCGAGGUUCGCUUCUCUGGCGAAGAUGCUGAUAAGCCCUCUACUAUCGAGCCUGCGAGUUCGGCUUUUAUUACAUUUCGACGGUGGGAGGAUGCCCGCCGUGCCGUGCGUACGCUGGCCCACCGUCCUGGUCGGCCGUUGACCUGUCUUAUUGUAAUGGCUCCCCAAUCCACGGAUCUAGAUUGGGAAAGACUUGUGAAGGGAAAGUUCGCUGCGCAAUUUGUUAGAGAUUGGUUGGUGGGAGCGGCAAUAUGGCUUUUUCAGAUCUUUUGGCUCUUUCCAAUUUCGUUUAUCACAACUCUUAUUUCUAUUCAGUCGUUGGAGGUCGCAAUCCCUCCGCUGAAAGAGUUUUUCGAUAAGCAUGCCCGUGGACGCUCAUUGCUCAGUGGUCUUAUUCCUACGUUGCUGGUCGCUGGCCUUGGUAUUCUCAUUCCUGUCAUCCUAUUCGUUAUCGGAAGGAAGGCUCAGACCGAAGUAACCUUUAGUGGGCUUCAUGACGGAAUCUUGAUUCGUUACUACAAAUGGCUGAUACUGAAUAUUGUUAUUUUCUUCUGCAUUGGUCUAUCCAGUUUUCGGACAUUCCUGGAAGCAUUCAAAAAAGAAAUACCCGACCCUUUCCAAUUAGUUUCAUCCUCGUUCCCUGCGGCUGCUCCUUUUUAUGCCGGAUGGUUUAUUCUUCAAACAUCAUUGCAGAACUUGAUGCAAUUUGGGUUAGUUGGGCUACCACUAGUGACUUACAUCUGGGGCGUCCGAAAAGCUUCGACUCCUCGUAAACGAAAAAGAGGCACUCGGCCAAGGACUAUAGACUACCAUUACUGGACACCCAAUCAUCUACUUGGGAUGCAUAUACUCAUGAUAUUCGCGGUCCUCAACCCGUUGGUUAUACCUUUUGGCUUGAUUUAUUACUCAGUGGCCAACGUGGUGUUCCGCAAUCAGUUGCUACGAGUAUAUGCACGUCGGUUUUACGAAGGAAACGGUAAAAUGCUUACUAUUCGAGUGAUGAGAUAUUCCAUGGACGGCCUGGCUUUGAGUCACAUUGUGUUUUUAGCCUUUAAUCUCUUGAAUUACAAUCGAGCACGAGCGGGAAUAAGCGGCACGUUAUUUGGACUGACACUAUUCCUCAAAGUAUUGGCUACUCGAGAAUUCAGGGCUAGAUACGAGAGACUGGAAGAUGCAGAGAGUGCUCGUUUAUGUGGGAACGAGGAGCCAUUCCUGAGUUCCGAGGAGAGGUCCUCGACAGAGGCAAGACGUGAACCGAAUGGUGCUGUGUCCGAUGAGCCCAUGCCCCUGGAGCGCCUAGACAAGUUCCACUCUCCUCCGGACGCUAUGGGGCCCUCAACAAUGUCCUGGAACUUCCCAGGUCUGAAGUCAUUUGGACGUGGGUAUCAUGUCAAUCCAAUACGUAGUCAUACUCCGAGAGGACACAAAGCAAAGAGCAUGUCGCUCUCAAAGGUCGUGAGCCGCACAAACUCCCAGGCCGACAUCAUGCGUCCCGAUUCGCCCACAAGCGUCGAGAGCACCACAGGAGCUGCUAUUCAGGCCAGCUCUCGAUUACUUGCUGCUCCAUUAGGGAUUGUUCAACAAGUCGGAGGGCACGUGGGUGAUAUAUUCGUACAAGCGCCUGGGAAACUUUUGGAUCUGGUUAUCUCCAAACCGUCUCAUGAUGAUGACUGGGGCGGUGCAAACUAUCUCACCAGGUUCCAACCAACGGACUUAGUCACGUCCGGGCCAAAGGUUCACAGAUGGGACGAUACUCCCAACGGAAGUGCGUCCUACGAAUGUCCCUACUAUUUGGAAGAGGGCCCCAAGGCCCUUUGGUUACCCCGUGAUCCGUCUGGACCCAUCGACCUUGAUGAUACAAUAUUCAUGCAUCGUCUGCUCCUUAGCGUGCAUGAUCGGAACACUCACAAGAACAAGGACAAGAGCUUCGUUGAUAAAAGCCAAGAUGCAAAGCCCAGUAGCCCAGGUUCUGAUAUUUCACUAUCAUCAAUUGUUCGACCUCCAGUACGCGAGCAUAAUAGCGAAAAGAGCAUUGGUCAAAUUCCUUUCACCCAAUCUCCGGCUGGAACCCCCGAUGAGAACCCUGCACAGGCCACUUCCUAUUCCACUCGAGCUGCUCGUCCCAGUCUGAUUCGAGUCCGUACGGCUUCUGCUGACCGCGUUACGUUGGGAUCAAUUUGGGGAAUGCGCCAAUCUGUCUCGGAAUCGGUGGAGAUGAAAACUCUUCAGACUGUACCUGAUGAACCGGCCACUACCUCGUCACUGGGCGGGACACUUUCUCAACCAAGAAUUCAACGGCAACCAUCUUUAUUGAGCGCUCUCCGCUUUGGACGGGGCGGCGAAGAUACCGACACUGCCAAGCCUGGCAGCUUGUUCUCCUACAAGACAGCCGCCGAUGGAGGCGAGAGCAGACAAAACUCGGAUAAGAGGAAGACAAGAAUAUUGGCUCCGGAAGACCUUCGCAAGGCUUUGGAUGCUACUGUCUUGGCUGAAGAAGAAGCGGAAAGAGCACAGAAGGCCAGGGAAGAACAGGCCGAGAAACUUGAUGACGCACGAGUCGAACAAGAGGAAAGUGGGGGUUGGAGUCUGGUCAAGAAGUUGGUAUUAAAACGAAACGCUGAGUAA